CGAUCCAACCUUCCCGACCACAUACACCAUAUUUUCUCUUCGGCCUUGCUGCGUGUGAUAGUGCGUCGUGCUGUGCAUUUUCCUACCAAAAAGUUAUUAAAAACGCACCAUUUGGUUAAAAAUAUUCCACAUUUUGAAAACUCACGUCACGCACUACAUCAGGUGAACGCAUCCGCACCAACACCACACCCUCCCACAAAACCCACUUUUCGCGGCUAGCUGUUGUAUAAUAUAAAAUCCGUCACGCUGGAUAAGAUGGCGCGUUACCGUGAGUGGGACCUGCAGUGCAAGGUUUACGUGGGCAAUUUGGGCUCGUCGGCGUCGAAGCACGAGAUCGAAAGUGCGUUCGGCAAGUAUGGCCCGCUGCGGAACGUCUGGGUGGCACGCAAUCCUCCCGGUUUCGCCUUCGUAGAGUUCGAGGAUAAGCGUGAUGCGGAGGACGCAGUUCGCUCGCUGGAUGGAACACGAUGCUGCGGAACGCGUAUCCGGGUGGAGAUGUCUUCUGGCCGCUCGCGACGCGACGAACGCACCCGCCGACCCCGCCGCUCGUACAGGGCAAACUCUUCUAUGAUACUACUACUACUACUACUACUCCACGACAGCGUCUUCCGCCACAGAACAUCAUCUUGUCCAAAUUUUGCUAGUAGCGCUACUAGUGUUAAGUCUACUACCGCAACCACCACCACCACCACCACCACCACCAUCAAUUCCACCAAUUUUACCACCACCAUCACAACCACCAAAAAUACAACCACCACCACCACCACUACUACUUCUACUACUACUACUUCCACCACCAACAAUACUUCUACUGCGAGCAAGAGCCCCGGCCGGUGCGGCUCAAUCUCUUCUAGACCCGAUCAUUCGUUUUCCGGCGACCAACACCACCACCACCACCAUUACUACUGCUACUACUUCUACCAUUACUACUACUGCUACCACUCCUGCUGCUACUGCGUGCAUGCGCACGUGCUUCUUCCCGUACUUCCGCAAGCGCCCGUCGCCGCAACACCACUACUGGCAGCAGUGGCAGCAGCAGCAACAGCAGAAGCAGCAGCAGCAACAACAGCGGCAGCGACAGCACUGCGCUUCCUCUUGCAGCGGGCUUCAGCAACGGCAGCGGCCCUCCAAUCCGACGGCCUACAGUUCUGCAGUUUGCUUCCCCUUCUACUGCUACUACUACUACCACUGCUACUACCACCACCACCACAACAACAACUACUACUACUACUGCUACUAGCUCAUCAUCUUCCUCCACAUCCUCUCCAUCAUCGGCUGGACAGUAGCGACGGUCGCCUGAGCAGCACCACCACGCACAGCCCCGUUCUUCUUCGCCGCGACACGUGCCGCCUUCAUCCAGUGCCCGCGCCUCGUCCCCCGUGGUGAACACAGGCCCCACUCUGGUAUCGUCAACCCUUGACGAGCAGAAGGCACCAUCGAACAUACACACUCUUUGCCACCUGUGGCCGACCAGUUGGUGUCUUGAUUUCCCCCCACCGACUGCUGCCCCGUGCCCAAAACUGUGGACGUUGAGUAUGAUGCGCCUCUAACUGGCUGCUUGCAGAAGAACGGAUCAGCAGAUCACACACUCAGGUCUCCCGUUCCGACACACAUCCAAAUACCUUCUUCUCCGCCGUUUGAUGCGGUGUUCUUGGGAGGGGGAACAGUGCGCUCAACGUAACAUGGAGGUCCUCGAUCUUCAGCGCCAUCUCACACACAUUGACACACAGACACGCACAGUAUGAUGGGCCGCUUGCUCGAAUCGCGCGUCUGUCCUCUCGUUCUCCCUGCAUCCUGCGACUCUUCUGGUAAGCCGAAGGUCACCGGAGCAGGAGUGGAUGAAGCCAACGCGAAGUCAUCGCAACAAACCGCCAACCAACCAGCCAGCCAAACCACCCCGCCGAUGGCUUCCGCUCAUCCCCUCCCGCUCCGGCCAAGCUUGGCGCGAGUCUCCGGAUUCUUUCUCUGUUUUUGUUUUCUUUUCUUUUUUUUCUGUAUCUCUUUCCCAGUGAGAUCGCUUCAGUUCGCGUUUGUGCUUCGGCCAUCACGCUGUUUUUCGGCGCAGCUUGCAUUGCUGUGCGCACUGCCAAAGAACCAACCUGUCGUCGCUCUGUCCCCCUCGUUGGGGUGGGGCGCCCAUCAACCCACGCGAACACACACACAACUUGCCAUCAUCUCAUCCUUGAGCUUCGGCCGCGCUACUAUGCUACGGGGUGUGGGGAGCUUUACUGCGCCGAUCCUUUUGCACCGCCGCCUGCCAACUUUAUCAUCACCACCGACCAUACUUCACCGAUCCUCUUCUCUACUGUACUUCUGUUUACUACCUACUACUACUGCCAACACUUCUUUGCUACUACUACUACUACCACCACUACUGCUGCUUGUCCUGCACCACCAUCAUCGUCAUCAAAUGGGCGACGUCCUUUUGCAAAACGGGUUAAAGCCGCAGAGAACACGUUCUUGACGAUGUUGUUCGUCGCGGUUUCUGCCGUGCUGCUCAACCUCUUCCAGCGCAACCUCUUCACGCCGUAAGGGCUGCUUUCUUCUACUGCUAGCUCACCAUAAUUGCUACGGUGCUGUGCUGCCUAUUUUGGUGUAUUUUAUGAACCAUCAUACCACCACCAACAACACCACCGGGAUGGACUUUAUUCUCCCUCGGGCUCUUCUUGUUGCCACCAUCCAACCACUUCUUGGCAUGAUACGGCUUUGCGCAUCGCUCGGUGAGCUUCGUCGUCGUGCAUCACAUCACCGUUUUGUGUGCAGUUAAUUCCCCAACGGCGAGCAGCAACAGCAGCGAUAGCAAACAGGCCCCAUAGUAAUAGUUCCCACUCCGCUAGUUUUAACGCUAUUGAACCAUCGCAACUGUAAGUGAACUGAAACCAUUAUUCCUUUUUAAAAACUCCAGAAUUCAUUACUGUGUGAUGUGCGUAAAUAAUGUAUCUUUAGAUCUUAGGCGGAAGAACCCAUCGCUACUGUGGUUUGCCCACUACUCUCGUUCAAGCUCUUCUUCCCUUCGAUACAACGUCACCACCCAACCAACCAACCAGCCAACAUACGACCCAAUCAAGCAUCACUCUCUCUUUGCCUCUUUCACCAUCUGCCACGUUGACUGUGCUACUAUUAUUACUACAACGACAACAUAACAUCAUCUUCAUCCAUCUUCAUUCGACUGGCUGUACUAAGCGACAAGCAAUUCUCUCUACCGACUUGACCGACCUUGAACAAAUGGACAUCCCUAUGGGAAAGGAUCUUCUCUUACUCGUCGUGGCUUCAAAAAUCUCUCUAUAAAAAUCAACAAACAACAAUCGUGCGAUCCGCGUUCCAACACACAAAGAAACAACACGUGGCCAACACACCUUCGGUAAAAUCAUCUACCACCACCCUCUCCCCGUACGCUGCUCGUGUGUGGCAUCUUUACACUGUCUUCAGCCCACCACCACCAGCCCACGUGAACUCUUCGCCUCUUCUUUCUCAACGGUGGCUGUACGCAGCACACAUGCGCAACAGAGUGAAAUCCAAACGCAACCGAGAAGAUCACGCCCAACAGUUCUUAAAAUUGGAUCGAAAAUAAAAAAUCAAAGCUUCUUCCUCUUCACCACCACCACCACCACCACCACUACAACUACUACUACUACAACACCAACCACCAAAGAAACCACAUCCACCACCACCACCAUCUUAAAAUGCUCCACAACGUGUGUGUGUGUGUUUGCGCUCGAUCGCUCGCUCGCUUUCUCUUCUCAUCUCUUCUUCCGUUUCCGGAAAAG